GAGGAGGUGCAGCGUGGAGCCGGGCGCCUCGCCCUCCUCAGUCCGCAGCACGUCUGGCUCUGGGCUGGCGUCUCUUUAGGAUGCGCGCCACUCGCGGCCGGCUGACUUCGGGGAGGGGUUGCUACCUUUCCCGCGCAACUCGUUUUCUUCUCGCGGGGAGGCUUGCGCUUCCGCCUCUGCACAGAAAGGAAACGAAUCGGACUUAAAUGUGCGCCUUCUCUUCCCGCCGCUGCGAUCCUCCAGGCGCCGAAUGAGCCCCGCGGAACAAGGAACUUCUGAGAAAUGCAGACAGAAGGCUCUGAAGCUGGAUCCUGAUCAUGCGUAUGAAGAAAGUCUCUUAGAUGCAUGGGAGGUUCCAAACACACUCUGAAAUGCUGAGAAGGAAACUUCGUCACUGUCAUAACCUACGCUUCAAGUUUCUGCUGGUGUUGAUUUUUACAGCAGGCACCUUGUCCCUUAUCAAAAUCCACCAGAAGCCAAGCUACAUACAUCAUGGGCGCCUAGAGCUAACUGAUGAAUACCCAAAUAGUAACAUCAACUGCUCCAAGAUAUUGCAGGGAGACCCAGAGGAAAUUCAGAAGGUGAAGUUGGAGCUCUUAACUGUUUCCUUUAAAAAGAGCCUGAAACUAACUCCAAAUGAUUACAUCAACAUGACAACAGACUGCAGCUCCUUUAUUAAGAGGCGAAAGUAUAUUAUACAGCCUCUGAGCAAAGAAGAAGCUGAGUUUCCUAUAGCAUAUUCAAUAGUAAUUUAUCACAAAAUUAAUAUGUUUGAUAGACUUCUGAGAUCGAUUUACGCUCCACAAAACUAUUACUGCAUUCAUGUUGAUAAGAAGUCCCCCGAGUCUUUCUUGGCUGCAGUGAAGGGGAUUGCUUCAUGUUUUGACAAUGUCUUUGUUGCCAGCCAGUUGGAGAGUGUAGUAUAUGCUUCGUGGAGUAGAGUGCAAGCAGACAUCAACUGCAUGAAGGAUCUCUACAGGAGGAGCGCAAGCUGGAAAUACCUGAUCAAUCUUUGUGGUAUGGAUUUUCCUAUCAAGACUAACCAAGAAAUAGUAGAGAAACUAAAAGCUCUCAAGGGUGAAAACAGUUUGGAAACCGAGAAAAUGCCUUCAAACAAGGAGACACGAUGGAAGAAGCAUUAUGAAGUUGUUGAUGGCAAAGUGAAGAAUAUGGGAAUAGACAAACAACGCCCACCUCUCAAUACACCCAUUUUCUCUGGCAGUGCUUACUUUGUUGUUAGCCGGAGGUUUGUUGAAUAUGUCCUAGAGAACAACAAAAUCCUUGCAUUUAUAGAAUGGGCCAAAGACACUUACAGUCCUGAUGAAUACUUGUGGGCUACUAUUCAGCGAAUUCCCGAGGUUCCAGGUGCAGUCUCUGCCAGCGACAAAUAUGAUGUCUCUGACAUGAAUGCUCUUGCCAGGUUUGUUAAGUGGCAUUACUUUGAGGGGGACGUGUCCCGGGGUGCUCCGUACCCACCUUGUAAUGGAAUUCACAUCCGCUCUGUGUGUGUCUUUGGAGUGGGAGACUUGAACUGGAUGCUACGAAAACACCACUUCUUUGCCAACAAGUUUGACACUGACUUUGACCCCUUUGCAGUUCACUGCUUGGAGGAGUAUUUAAGAGACAAAGCACUGUAUCAGCACAGCCAUUAAAGUGCAACCAUCUGCAUGGUACAAACCCUUUCCCUCUGAUAAGGAUGUCAA